CCAACCACAAGGCACAAGCAUUUCUUGAUUGUGUGAUAACUCAGGGCCGUUCAUCGAUCGCCCACAGAGUUUCCAAUUGUCAAUUAAAACAAACCCUAAAUCAGAGGGCAGACGAUACAAAUACCCUCAGCUGCUAUUAAAGCCUUAAACAUCUCACGAUAUGAUGAUGGACACGUGUCCUCUUUCCUCGAUCCGCCAAAGUCUCGCUAAAAUCCAUGCCCUUGUCCUUUCGCUUAUCUCUCCAUCUUCUAUUUGCAGAUAGUUCCCACUUCGCUCUCUUCUCCUUUAUUCUCCAUUCUUUGAUCUGCUUUCUUCAGAGAUGGAAGCGGUGACGACGGUCUUAUGCUCUUGAAUCUCUCUGGUAAGAUUCAAUACUAUCAGUUUUCAAUUGGGUUUUCAUAGCAACUGAUGUUUGAGCCUUUUAUGGUGAUCCUCGUCCGUUCUCUAAUUUGGUUCAGCAAAAGGAAAAAAGGAAAAAUCCCCAUUAAAAUCACUCUCUCAAUCCAUCUCUGAGUGAUUCAAUUUGGGUUCUUAUCCUUUCCAUAGUUGUCAUUUGUUCAGAACUCCGAGUUCUCUUUUCCACUUCAUGUUCAGUAGUAUUGGGUGAUAUUCAGUUGAGAUUAGCUAACUGUGAUUUUACAAGAUUAACAGUAUUUAAUACUAUUAGAGAAAAGCCAAUAGGAGUAGUUUUGUUUUGUGAUUGAUUGAAAACAGCAAUAGUUAGAAUCUUGUUAAGGAAUUGAUUUGUGGUAUAGAAGUGGCUAAAAUGAGUCUGGGUGCAGCCGAGAAUGAUUCGGCGUCGGAGAUUCAUAUUCCGGCAGAAAUUGAUUGGCAUAUGCUUGACAAAUCCAAGUUUUUCUUUCUUGGGGCUGCUUUAUUUUCUGGUGUAUCAGCUGCACUUUACCCUGUUGUUGUUUUAAAGACUCGGCAACAGGUUUCUACUGCUCAAAUUUCGUCUCUCAAAUUGUCAUUUUCCAUUAUGCGCCAUGAAGGUGUGAGAGGUUUCUAUAGGGGUUUUGGUACCUCUUUGAUGGGAACAAUCCCAGCAAGAGCCCUUUACAUGACAGCACUUGAGGUGACCAAGAGCAGCGUUGGGACUGUAACUGUUAAAUUAGGAUUCUCUGAUACUCAAGCAACAGCUAUAGCAAAUGCUGCUGCUGGAUUGAGUUCUGCUAUGGCUGCUCAGCUAGUUUGGACCCCAAUUGAUGUUGUGAGCCAAAGACUCAUGGUUCAGGGUUGCAGCAACAGUACGAGUGGCAAGAACAUCAUCCCCAGUUUGGAUUCUUGUGGAUAUAGGAAUGGCCUUGACGCAUUUCGAAAGAUUUUACGUGCUGAUGGUCCAAGGGGAUUGUAUAGAGGAUUUGGGAUAUCAAUAUUGACUUAUGCACCAUCAAAUGCAGUUUGGUGGGCAUCUUACUCUGUGGCAAAUAGGCUUGUUUGGGGUGGAAUCGCUUGCUCCACUAAUAAGAAAGAAGAGAGUUCAUUUAACGGUGGUGGAUGCAGUUAUAGGCCUGAUUCAAAGGCAGUAGUGGCAGUGCAGGGGUUAUGUGCAGCCAUGGCUAGUGGGGUUUCAGCUCUGAUUACUAUGCCAUUUGACACAAUUAAGACACGAAUGCAAGUUUUGGAUGGAGAACAAAAUGGAAGAAGACAACCAUUGACAGUUGUAGAAACAGUUAAGAAUCUGGUAAAGCAAGGUGGAUUUGCGGCAUGUUAUAGAGGAUUGGGGCCAAGAUGGGUUUCAAUGUCUCUCUCUGCAACAACAAUGAUCACUACAUACGAAUUCUUGAAACGAUUAUCUACUAAGAGCAGAGAAAGCUUCAGUUCAUGACUCCAGAAAUCAGAACAAGUGAAAAAAAGAAAUCUUUUCUCACUGGAUGUCGUACAAUUUUUGUAGCUCCUUUCCUCCAUUGUCUGAAAUGGCCAACUUGCCAGGAGGGCUUAUCGGUGUGAAAUUCUUUUUCUUUUCUUUUUUGUUUUUUUUUUUGCUUUUUCCCCCUUGUUUCUCUCAGCAGUUGGCAAACUAAUGUACACUUGUAUAUAAUACAAACCUCUUCUGCUUUCUCCCA